AUGGCCCAGGCCAGACUGACUGCCUUCGCCAACGAUCAUCUCGCCAGGGCCGUUUAUCUUCUCACCUCUCUCGAUAUUGCCCAGCUCACUUCGCCAGUGCAAUCCUCACCUGCGGCGACAAACCUUCUUGACCCACUACGGCGCGGCCACCUCUUGGCACGACUCCUCGAGUUGGGCGCUCGCCUUGACUCGGUCAGUCUGGCGAUCUCGUCGUCUCGGCCGAGUUCUCCGUCCGACGAGUCUGUCCGUCGGAGGCUCGAGGUGGGAUAUCAGUUGGCCUGUUUCUCUGCCUUCUGGGUCUGUCUGAUCUUCGGUUCACGGAGUCCCGAGUUCGCAUGGAAGUUGGUGCAACUGCAUGACUGUUCACUUAAUGGUGGGCCUGCCUCGAACGGAGCCGAUAAAGCUGAAAGAAAUCUGAAGGAGGCGGCUGCUGUUCAGACUGAAACUGUAUCAGUCGUUGGCUUUGGUGAGGCUAGACUACAGACAGCAAAUGCCGGCGGAGAUGAGCAGCAUGAGGCAGGUUCCGGUAGACAUUCCAUCGGAGACAAGCUCAGUGCACAAAAGGACUUUGAGUCAUUUCAAUUUGAUGACGUGCACCGAUGGAGUCGCUCUGAGAUACGGGAUCGUAUUAUCUUUUUAAUCAACCUACACUACGGCAGGCUUGAGGCUGAUAGAGUGUUGGCUACUUUUUUGUGUCCCUGUUAA